AUAUUAGCUCUCUUUCUAGCGUUUCUAAACUUUGAUUCCUCCUCUUAAAAUAAAUAAUGUUUCACCUAAUGAAUAAUCAAAUAUACUAGUAAGACAUAAGUUAUUAGUAUUUUAUUUGUUGGCAAUUUUCACACCAUUAAGCAAGCAUCAAGAAGGCUUUAUUGAAGACAUUAUUUGCAGGUUUAGUUUAUUUUAUUUUAUUUUUUAUUUUAGACAAUACAAUACUUAUUCUGUUUAAUUUAUAGAACACACACCAAAGAGGGUAACACUACACAACACAACACAACACAAAGCGAAAAUGCCAAUUUCAACGUCUCUUACCUUAACACCCACAAUCCCAAGAAUCGCUGCAACGCACACUUUCAACCAUUCCCAAUCCACCCUUCUCACAUUCUCCCCAAUUUCCAAACCCUCCCCUCUACGCGCCUUCCUCCCCCUCACCUCACGCGCCACCACGCGCCGCCGUUGCGCCGCCGUGGGCCCCGUGUGCCUCUUCACCGGCAUCGUGGAGGAGAUGGGCACCGUGAAGCACCUGGGCGAGGGCGCGGACGGCGGCUACGACCUGAAAAUCGCGGCUUCGACGGUCCUGGACGGCGUGCACCUCGGCGACAGCAUCGCCGUUAACGGCACGUGUCUGACGGUGGCGGAGUUCGACCUGAAAGUUUCGGACUUUACGGUGGGGCUGGCGCCGGAGACGCUGCGGAAGACGUCGCUGUCGGAGCUGUCGGUGGGGUCGGCGGUGAACCUGGAGAGGGCGGUGACGCCGGCGAGCCGCAUGGGGGGGCACUUCGUGCAGGGUCACGUGGACGGCACGGGGGUGAUUGUGUCGAUGGUGCCGGAAAAGGACUCGCUUUGGGUGAAGGUUAGGGCUGAAAAGGGGAUUUUGAAGUACGUUGUGCCUAAGGGGUUUAUUGCUGUGGAUGGUACUAGUUUGACUGUGGUGGAUGUGUUUGAUGAUGAGGGGUGUUUCAAUUUCAUGUUGGUGGCUUACACUCAGCAGCAUGUGGUGAUUCCUCUCAAGAAGGUUGGGGACAAGGUGAACCUUGAGGUGGAUAUUCUCGGCAAGUAUGUGGAGAGGCUUCUUGGUAGUGGUUUUGUUUCCUCUUAUGCUCAUAACAACUCUUGAUUCUCUUGUUAAGAGCCAAAAAAUUUAUUUUUGUUAAGAGGGGAUUUGAUUUUUCUUGGCUUGGACUGGUCCUGGUGUGGUUAGGUUAGAAACUCAAUAACAGGAUCAGGCAUUGAACUGGAUUUGAAUGUGUUGUAAUUUGUAACAUUUAUGUUCAUUAGGGGUUGAGUCAGCGGGGAAUCAACUGACUUUAUAGAGUUUAUAUGUUUUUCUUUGUUCUUGUUUGUUCAUUUGUCUUAUAGAUUUUUUUAAAGUGAAACGGAUCAAGUAAAAUGGUUAUAUGAGUUUUAGUACUAGAGAAAUGUUAGCAACAUGUUUUCUAUUA